GCGAAACCAGCCAGCACUACGUUUCAUCGAUUUUAAAAAUAAUGAUUUAGGAAAACCGUCAUGUGUCUUUAGUAGCUGCUAUACCGCAUUAAAACUUCCGAAAGUAGCGACCCGCCGAAAGUGACGAGCCCCAAAGGCUGCUAAUUCCCAAAGUAAAAGAGGGCCGUUACUUUAGGACGUUUACGGUAUUACACAUUUUUGCUGGAUACUUUCCAACAAGCACUUCUUCCCAUCCAAAACUACACGUUAAAAAGAUGAGAUCAAAGUCCACUGUAAUAAUUAUUCACUACUUGUUUCCCUCCUGUGAACUGAUCAUUACAACAAAAUCAAACUCCCAUAACUGUACUGGCUGGCUAACUAAAUUUUCUCCUGCUCUUUUCAUCAAAAUAGAUCCUUUUAUUCAUAAGAAAUUAAGAUUUUUGGUUGUGGCCUUCCAACGAGAUAGGAUUAUCACCGAUGAUUGAUUGGUUAAUUAUAUUGUGUGUUGUAAUAAUACUGCUCUCUCUUUCACCCUAUAUCUUAUGUCUUUAUCACUAUUAUUAUUCAUAUUUUAUAAAAAUUUUGUUUGAUGUUUUACGUUUUACGAUGUGCUACGUAAAUGAAUGAAAAUAAAUUGCUAUUAUUGUUUUGGGUAUAUAAUAUGGCUGGAGAAAAACCCGAAAGAACUGAAAAGCUUCAGAUUAUAAACACCAAAAUUAUUCUUAACAAUAGGUGACAUCAUCUGAAAUAUUGCUAAAAGACCAGCAUGCUCAAUUCAUCUUGGGGAAUCCCCCACUCAGUAAGGCCUCACGACAAAACAAAUAAUUUUGAUGCUUUCGCUUCUCUACCAUGAAAAAACUCUGACUUAAUAAAACGCCUUAAAUUAUGACUAAGAAAAAGUUUGAGGCCUAAUAGGAAAUAGAGAAAUACUGUAGUAAUCCCACCAUCUGCAAAGUGCUGUGGUAUUGAAAUGGCGUGACUUCAGUAAGCAAAUAAUUAUGGUAAUGAUCUAAUAAUAGAUAUUUGUUUACACUGAAACGUAUCUGAGACGAAAUGAGACGCACUCAAACGAAACAAAUUUGAAAAGUGCAAAUGAAAGGUUAUUAUGCCUUGGGACGCAUCAAGCAUUUCUGUCUGCGUUAAGCUUGAUUAGAGUCAAGGUCGUGGGUUUUCUCACACGGAAACCACGCAAAAACCUCAAACUUGAAGCGCAAACAAUGUCUGGCGGUAAACACUAAGAAGUGUACGUGGCUUUUCGCAUAAGCCGGAAGAAUUGGCACGAUAAUUUAUGUUUGUGAAAUCACAAACAGCACUAAUUCAAUCAAAUCUACACAUCUUGGUCCUUGAUCAACGUCACACAGUCCUGCUCGCCACAUCUCUUGUGUUCGACACGAAAGGCUCUCUGAUUAUAUUCAGCUGCUUGGUUCUCUUUGCGAUCGAGGCUACUGGACAACAACGCAGAAGGUUUCUACACUGCGGUGCAUCUUUCUGCCUGUUGAAAAGGUCUAUGUCGUCCUUCUUCGAAACAGGCAAUGGUACUCUUAUCAAAGAGCAAGCGGUAAUAUGUGUCUUGAAAAGCGACAAGGUUCGCGACCGAUGUGUCGUGGACAUCAGUCUGAUAUUGAAAACGAUAACAACGCCUCAAGAUGUCGUAUUGCAUUUUGCUGCCGUGUGUUUAACCCCGAUGGAAAUUGCCUUCUACAACUCUUUAAACGCCACAAAGAAAAACGCCAUAUUUUACUUGCAAAUCAAGGGACACUGCAGCUUUUCAGCCGAUGGCAUCUCUCACUGGGGAAAAGCUACAGACUUUCGGGUUUUCUAUCUCAUGGAAAACUCGACUUUACUAGAAGGAAAUAAAACGCUGGCAAACAACUCUCGUCGAGCAUUGGAAAACAUUGGCACUCUUAUGAUAGACAAAUCUAAACUACGAACUCUUCCAAAAAUGUUUAGUAGUACUAAAGUGUGGCCAAGAAUGGCCGAGGUAGUAUUCUCCAAAUUACAACUCACAUCGAUACCUCCGGAGCUCAAUACGACGAUGCCGUUCUUGCAGUCGCUUGAGCUUGCUAACAAUAAACUAACAACACCACCUCCGUUUCCAUGGUGUAAAGCUACGCUCAAACUGCCAAGAGGACUGCAAAGAACUCCAACAGGAAAUCAUCACUACCAAUUCGGCACUAACGUGCGUCCAAAUAUCUACCGACGAUUUCUUGAUUUAUCGUACAACAACAUCGAAGAUUUAUCGACGCACAACUUUAGAGGAUUUCUGAACAAGUUGACUCUCGAGGGAAACGGCCUAAAAGUCAUUGGAACAUCGUGUUUUCGCAACUUGAAAGGAAUACAUGUGAUCUCCCUCAGCAAAAACAAGUUGAAAAGUUUACCAUCAGAGCUGUUCCAAGGACAAGAUAGUUUACUAGAAUUACGACUUGACCACAAUAACAUUUCGAUAAUACCAAACGAUCUCUUCAAAACAGUGACCCAAAUCAAAAGAAUUGACUUGCAUAGCAACAAACUGAGCUGUAUUCCACAAGAAUUGUUCAGCAAGUUAAAAAAUAUCAAAAUUCUACAUUUAGAAGACAACCACAUCACGCAAGUACACGACAAAGCUUUCUCCAUAGAUUCAAGUUCAUUACAAAACAUUUAUCUCCAAAAGAACAAAAUAAGCCGCAUUCCAUUAACAUUACUACUGCAACGGCACGCUGUUAAAAUUGAUUUGUCUUUUAAUCAGUUGACGUUUCAAGACUUUAACAGGCUGAUACAAGAAUUAGACUUGGAGACAUUUCUGUAUCACCAUCGCCAUACGGCGAGCUCUUCUCAAAUGAGACUGCAAGAAAGUUUAAAGUCUAUCAGCUUCGCUCACAACAAGUUCACCACGAUCAACAUAGAAGCAUUCAACAGAACAGAGGAACUAACGUUCGAGUAUCUUCUGCGGGUUUACGAGAUAGACAUGUCGGGGAAUCUCCUCCUAUGCGACUGCAAGAUUCUGCUUCUGAGUCGCUGGCUUCGAGCUUUAGUUCAAAGGCACACGCGCAUCCGAAAUGAACAGUUUCAAACUUGGAAAUGCGCCGCUCCGACUGAACUCAAAGGGAAACCGAUCCUAUCCGUGGACGAAAAUCGAUUUAAAUGCCAGAGAAAUCUAGAAAACUGCCCCCACGGAUGCUUGUGUCUCGUGCGUGCUUUAGACGGUACUGUGGUCAUCGAUUGUAAAGGAAGAAACCUUACCGCAAUACCUCCCAAAGUUCCAAGCGGUCGCAUAGAGCUUAAGUUAGAGGACAACAACAUCCGGGAGAUUCCACCAUAUCCUUAUAUGGAAAAUGUGACGGCUCUGUACUUAACGCAUAACAAGAUACAAGUAUUAAACAAGUCCACGGUACGAAGGUUUACGCGAAUUAAAGUUUUGUUCAUCGAUUCGAACAAACUCACCUAUUUGCCUAAGAAUAUCGAAAAUUUAAACUUUACGAGUCUUGCGUUACACCACAAUUUCUUCAAAUGCGACUGUACGACAUUAUGGAUAAAGCACUGGCUACAGAGAAAACAAAGUAAAAUAUUACACAUUAAAAAUGUUCUUUGCAACUCCGAGGGAAGUACGCAGGGAAAAGCAAUUUACACUCUGCCAAAUGAAGAAUUUGUUUGCAAAAAGAAUAAGAAAGACAUCCCUACUACACAAUCUAUAACAAAGGACAAGACUUUCAAAAUAAUCGCGUUGACUCUUGGAGGCGCGCUGGUUUUGACUUUCAUCGCUUUUAUCGUGGCUUACAAAUACCGCGGAGAAAUGAAAGUCCUCAUGUACACUCAUUUUAACUGGCACCCAUUUGACCGUGUAGAUGACUCGGAUCCAAGAAAAAUAUACGACGCGUUCGUAUCGUACAGCGGGAGUGAUCACCAGUGGGUUGUCAACACCUUGCAAGAGCGACUCGAACAUCACGACCCCCCUUACAAAUUGUGCAUUCACCACCGCGACUUCGUAGUGGGUGCACCAAUCCAGGAAAACAUUCUGAACAGCGUUGACCAAAGUAAGCGCAUGCUCAUGGUGCUCUCUCGCAACUUUUUAAAGAGCGAAUGGUGCUUGUUGGAGUUUCGCGCGGCACAUCGUAAAGUGCUAGAAGAUCGCAUGAAUUAUCUGAUAAUUAUUCUGUUUGAUGGCAUCAACAUGGAUGAGCUCGAUGACGAAAUGAAGCUAUACAUGCGCACUAACACAUAUCUCAGUGUCAGCUACAAGUGGUUCUGGGAGAAGUUGUAUUACGCGAUGCCACAGAGUACUGACAGGCAGUUUAGAGCGAGAGAUCUCUCAAGCAUUUCCUCAAAUGCUGGCAUGCAAUAUUCCACUGAGACAGUGUUCAAGAAUGAAGCAUACCUCAAAGUCACUGAUAUUCUGGAGUGAACCGCGUAAUCUGAUAAUUUAUCAAAAAUUAAAAAUCAUGUUGUUACGAAAGUAUGAUAACAGCGAACAUUGCGAACUUCCAACCGAAGUGAAUGUAGAGCCUGGGAAGGAGGCUGAAAAUGGCAGUCAGUGGCGGAUGAUGUAACGCAUGGCGUGACAAACGAUCCAUGCCAGACCACGUAACACAAGUGACUAGAGAGUCAAAGUUCAGAGAGUUUAAGACCGUUACAGUCCGCUCGAGAGAUAUGCCAAAACAAAACAAAAAAAAAAAA